UGUUUUAUAAAUUUGUUUACCUGAUUACCCACAAUUCAGCAGGUGAAAAAGAAUGUACUGUCGUUGGAAAGGUCACACAGAGACUCUUACUACAUCCGUUUGAAAGCUGGCCACACUAAAAUCCUCCAAGAUGAUGAUGGGAGAGCAGCUGGUCCUGGAGGAGGACUAUGAUGAAAACUACAAACCAACAGAUGAAGAGAUAUUUGAGUAUGCUCAGAUCAUUGGUAUAGAUCCUUACAAGGAAGGCCACCUGAUGUGGAUAGCUAAAGAAGGGAUCAUUGCACCUUUACCUGAACACUGGAGACCAUGUCAAGACACAAAUGGAGAUCUUUAUUACUUUAACUUUGCCUUGGGUACCAGUAUAUGGGAUCACCCUUGUGAUGAAUUCUACAGACAAAUGGUCAUUGAAGAAAGAAUGAAAUUUAAUAUGAAUAAAGGAUCAGGACCACCUAGAAGUGGAGGACCAAGUGCAGGCCCACCAGCUUCUCCUGGAAAGAAAGGAAAAGCUGGAAAAGAUGAUGGAAAGAAAAAGAAAGAGAAACCAGGAAAACCAAAAUUACAACUUGGCCCAUUGAAAGCAGAACAGAGUAUGGGUACACCCACCAUGCAUGGUGGACUAGAACCAAUGAGAUCAUUGGGUGGAUCACUAGCGCCACUAAGAGGGUCAACAGGAACUAGUCAGCCGGUUAAGUCAAGUUUCAACACAACGACAGGUUCCAUGAAGCUGAGUAAAAGUGGAAACCUAACAAGCAGCAUGUCAAUUCCUUUUUACUCAAAUGAGUUUGAAGAUGAUGGUCCAGAAGAGGAAAGGCCACAUCACAGUGUAAACCUUACACCACAAGAAAUGGAAUAUCAGGAAUCUGGAGAAAGUGACCAAAACCAACCUAAAGGAGAGUCAGAAACAGACAGUGAAGAUUUUGGGAAAGAAAUUGACUUUGGUAUAGAUAAGAAUUUAUCAGAAAGAAUUAUGGAUAUGGAUAUAGGUGGUUUAGAACCAGUUAGAGGUUCUCUAGAAAAGUUACAUGAUUUUGAGGGAACUAUGUCAGCCAUGUCGACUGCUCGAGGAGAUUCCCCUGGUGGUAAGAUGAGUCCUAUAGACAGAUUUGAGGAAGAGAGGAAAAGAAGAGCUGAAAUAGCUGCCAGUGCUGCUGAAAAACGAUUGACAACAAGGCAAGAAAGUUAUGAUGAUAAAAUGACAUACGAUGAAGAACACAAUCUGAGAGCGUCAAGUGAGAUGAGAUAUGAUGAUCUUAGAGAUACACUUGACAGAGAGUUUGAAGAUAAAAGAUUGGAAAUGCUGGAGGACAAAGACAGAAGAAUAAAGAGAAUGAGAGAUGAAAUCAAAAGAGAACAGGAAGAAGAGGAAAGAAAAUUGAAGAUGGAAAAUGAAGAGUACAUUAGCAACUUAGAAAGUCAAUACAAAACAGAAAUGGAAGAAAAAUCAUCAGUUCUAAAACAAGAGAAUGAAAGUAAAAUACAAGAAGUAAUUGACAAACAGCUGUCCGAGGAGGAAGUCAACAUUCGAAAACAAAUGGACAGAGCAUUAGAAAAUUUAAGAGCAGAAGUCAAUGUACUACAGAGAGAUGAACAGACAAAAUUAGAAUCUCAAAAGAGAGAAAUAUUGAGUAGAAUUAAUAAUCAGGUUGAAUCAGCAUCAGAAAAUGAACAAAAGAGAUUAGAGGAUGAGAAGAAUACAAAAGUAGAAUCAUUACAGAGAAAGUAUGACCUUGAGGUAGAGAAGGUCAAGGAUGAAAUGGAGAGAAAACAUCGAAAUAAAAUAGAACAAUUGAAAAUGGAAAUGGGUGACCAACAUGAAGAGAAUUUGAAGAAAAUAACCAAUCAGAUAAAGAGAUUAGAAGAGCAGGAGAAGGAACAAAAAGAACAACAAUUGGACAUGGCAAAACAGAGACAAAGAGCUAUUGAUGAUUUAGAUAGAGGGUUAAGUGAGGUUUUGGAUGAAAGAAGAAAGGAAAUAAAAGAUAGACAAGAAAAGGAGAUUCAAAGGUUAAAAGAAGAUCAUGAAAAUGAAGUAAAGAAAAUGAAAGAUGAUAAUAAUAGGAAGGAAAAGAAAGAACAAACUUUGUUAGAGGACAAGCUAAAAGUAGAAACAAGAAGGCUUCAGAAACAGUAUGAGAAAGACACAGAAGAAGUACAGAGAGAAUAUGAGAGAAAGAAAGAUGCAGUGAAAGAACAGUUAGAGGAUGAGGAUGAAGAUUACCAGGAAAAAUUAACUGAAUAUGAAAGAAAGAAGACAGAUUUAAAUAAAUUAAUGAAAAACUUAGAGAGUCAAGAACAGAAACUGGCAGAAAGAAAGAAAAAGUUCCGAGAUGAAAGUGAUGGAUUUGAUAAAGAUCAAGAGGCGGCCUUUUCAGGAAAAGCAUCAAACCUUGGAGAGAAAGAAUUAGAAAGAAUGAGAGAAGAAAGAAGACAAUUAAGGGAAGAAUUAAGAUCUUUACAAGAUGCUGUGGAUGCCUUAAAGACAGAAAAACGACAAUUGGAAGGAGAUAUAACAAAGCUGAAAUUUAACAAAGAACAAAUGAGCAGGAAAAUUAAUGAAAUGCAGAACAAGAUAGACAGAAAAAGUAAAGAUUUUACAUCACUCAAUCAAAAAAUCAUCGAUGCUGCAGAGGAAGAAAAAUCAUUCAUGGAUGAACGAUUACGUGCCAGCAAAUCAGACAAGAGACGGAGAAAACAACGAUUCGAUGACACUGACUUCAGUGAUGAAGAAGAUAUUGGAAGGAGGCGAAGAGGUCAAGAUAGAAGUGAAGAAUUUGAUGACCCAUCAGUGGGUUAUAAUAACUAUGCCUGGCAAGAUUUACUUAGUGAUGAAAGUCAGUUUGAUGAUGUUCCGGCCUUUAAAUCUAGUGGGGUACGACAACAGUUUGCCAAAGAAAUCAAUUCAAUAUCCAUGGCAAAAGAAUUCUUACGUAAACAACGACAUUCCUUAAAACGACGCCAGUCUGGACUUACUGCAGCUAGACAAGAAUUAAUGAAGGACAUGAUUAAACAAGGACAAGGGGGCAUGUCAGCAAGUGUAUUACAGACGGUCCAGCAUUCAUUGGACAAAGAAACAGCAGAAUUAGAUGAUUUAGCCAAUCACAUGAAGACAGGAUCUAAACUUGUUAGAGAAAAGGAAAGAAAACUCAGACACUUACGGAAUAGGUUUGGUACUGAUUCUGCCAGUGAUAGUGAAAUAGAGUAUUCUCCCUUUGAAUAUAAAUACCAGUCUCCUAUGAUGCCGUCUGCUGACCUCAGUGAUGAAGAAAGUAGUGGAAUCAGUAGUAAUGACAACGACCUUGAUAAUGUUAUAAAAGCUUUAAGCAGACAAAAUAACCAACUAACAGAGACCAUGUCAACUUUACCAGCAGCUAGUGGUACAAACCCCAUAGCUCAGUCUCUACAGAAAGUCAACUCAGAACUUGCCAGAAUUAUAUCUGUAGUGGGUUAUAAUAAUGUGCCAAACACCCCUGCUGUUACACAAGGUGUAGAAAACAAAGGAGGCAGUUCAUAUAUACCUAUUUACAUGCCAAAGCCUCCUUCUGUGGCAUGGUCAGAGCCACCUCCUUCAACGGAACUAAACCCUUAUUUAAGGGACCCUAAUCAUAAAAUAGACUAUUCAAGUCUUGUGUUAUCUGCUGAACAGUCUUUAGAGAGAAAAUGGAGAAAAUAUUUCGGAGAUCGACGCCCACCUAUUACCAGUAUUCCCACCACUUUACCCACGCAUAACACUAGUAUGACUACAGGACAUGUAACAGUCAGGGAACAGUUACGACAAUUUAGACUAAGUUUACACGAUCAUUUCCCAUCCAAUGCAAGCUCAACACAAGAUAGACUGACUGAACAACGACAGUGGUUGAAAAAAUUUGGACAAGAUAUUAGUUUUGGUGGUUCAAUUAGAGGACCUGGGUCAGAAACUGGCUCUGUACAAAGUUUUGGUGAAGGUUAUAGAAAUGAUGGAGGAAGGUUAACAGAGGCCUUGUUGUCAACAUCAACACCACAACGACGACCUUCUGUGCAGGAAAAUGUCCGCCUUGAACUGGAUCAAAACAAUGAAAUCAGACUGAGACAUUUCUAAUCACAACUAUUGUCAGCCUUGCCAUUUUUGAGAACUUGUAUUACAUUGUUUGAAUUGAUACAAAAAAACUUAUGUCUAUCAAAAUCGGAAAGAUGACGACCAGAUCAUAAAAUUUUGCUACUAUUGUACAUUUGUACUCUUGAUUAUGAAUUUUGCUCAUUCUCAACAAAUGAAUUGAUAAUUUAGUGUAUAAACAAGAUAAUCCUGCCUCGAAUAUAUUUUUACAAGACUGAAUACUUAGUCUAAGGAGUGCUACUUAAGACAAGAGUUAUUGUAAAAAAGACAUUAUUAUUUCGUUUAUUGAAUGAACAUAUUUUUCUAUGCAACCUAUUUGUACAUUCAAUUUAUACUUAUAUUAUGAAAGUAAAAGUAUAUAUAUUUAAUUAGUGUAAUUAGAAUACAAACACAGUAUUUUAAAUGCCAAUAUGGUAGAAUACUAUUUGUAGUUAAUUUAGUUAUCAUAGAGGUUGUUUUAUUGCUCAAUUGAUAUUGAAGACAUAGGAUGCAGAGUAUGAAGAAUUCUGUCUUGUCUUGAAUGCAUAUGAAGAUCAGUUGGACCAUGAAAAUAGGCAUUUUACUUCAUAUACUUUAAAAGCUUUUACAAUAGAUGUAAGAAAACUGUGAUGAAUGAUGAGAGAAAACCGUAAUGUGUGAAGCCUACAAGAAAAAAAUCCACUUUUUAUAAAAAAGCAUCAUACAUAGAUAUAAGAAGAUGUGGUAUGAGGGCCAAUGAGACAACUCUCCAUCCUAGUCACAAUUUGUAAAAGAAAACCAUUAUAGGUCAAGGUGCUGUCUUCAACACAGAGCCUUGACUCACACCACACAGUAAGCUAUAAAGGGCACCAAAAAUUAAUAGUGUAAAAUCAUCCAAUCCAUGUAUAUAUAUAAAAAUAUUGAGUUUCUUAGGUGUUAUUUUUUUUACCUUUCUUUCACACACCUUUUAUGUAUAAGCUCAUUUUGUUCAUUUUCAAUGUCAGAAAAUUUUCCUUACAUUUGGUCAAAUCUGUUACAAACAAAUAAAACUGAUAAUUUAAUAAACACUUGUAAUAUACACCACACACAACCUUUUCAAUAGGCACAGAUUAUAGAUGUCAUUUUACAUCACUUGCUUUUACACAGCUUCUUCAGAUAUAAAUGACGAAACAGGAUAAAAAAAAAUUACAUUCAAGAUUGAUUCAAUGCUUGGUGAUUGCUUUACGCCGCAACAGCCCUAUGUAUCGCAGCAAUAAAAUCCAAGACAAAAAAAAAUACAGUCCUAAAAAAUUAAGAGUAAUAUUCUGUGAAAUGCUUAUAGUUGUUUCGGACGCAACAAAUUUAUAAAGUGUUAAUUAAAUGUUUUUGUGUUACAUUUAUAACAUUAGUUUCUGUAUUGGUCAAGUCAGUAUCUCCUCUUAGUGGUCAGUUUAUAUCAUGAUACAAUGAAUCUUAGUUGUUUGUUAAAUAUGGUUGUUGACAAUAAUCUAUGCAGCUUUGUCUUCUAAUUUUAUGUUGUUCUGAUAUUAAAUGUGACAUUUUUGUUAGUUUGAAUUUUGCAAUGAUCUGCAAUGUAUUUGAGUUACUCGUUAUUCAUUUAUAACAUUCUUUUAAUGAAAACAUUGAAUAUGGGUUUUUUUAUUGAAAAAAAAAUAUAUGUAUGUACAGUUGUACACCAUCAUGGAAUCAAAAUUAAUUUGUUUUUGUAAAACAAUUUUGCACCUCCGUAGGCCCAUAGCUGGGAUUUCUUUGAGGUGGAAUUGAGUGUCAUGAUAGUCAAAUCUCAAUUGGGAUCAUGACUUAAAAGUAUAUUUGUUUUCAGAGGGGGGAGAACACCUCACACCCCUGGCUAUGGGUAUGCUCAGAAAUGUUAGAUUUUAAAAGGAUGAAAGACUUUUUUUGGUAUACAUGUACAUCACCUUGAUUCAUAAAGAAAAUGAGACAUAGUUACUCACAAUUUUGCAUCAAUGUCUGAUGACCCUAUUUCUUUAUUUCCUCUGUAUGUAAUGAGAUAUUUGCUCAUUUAAAGUUUUACCUGAAAAGGUAAUCUUUUAUAGUGGUCAUAUUUAUAAAUGUAAUAAAUGUAUGAUUAGAAUUUAUGAACAAAUGCAUUUGCUAGGUGAUGGACAUUGUUGAACAUUUCCCCCCCACUUUUAUGGAAAACAUGAAAUAAAUUUCUUAUCUUAUGUAUCACAUAUUAUUUAUGCUUCCCAUUUACUUAUUGCAAUAUGGCCUGCAUUUUGCAACAUCUAUUCAUUGACAGAUCCAGGGGGUUCUGGGGGCAAUCAAUGCAUUUGAAAGGGGACAUAGCUGUACCCCCCUUUUAUCCUGGGUUGUGAACCCCCUUUUUAAAAUGACUGGAUCCCCCCCUGCUAUUGAUCUAUUGUACUGUAAAUUCAGAAAUUUGCGUGUGCAUUUAUUGUUGCAAUUGUGGCCAGCAAACAAAAUUAUGAUAUUAAUUAUUGAGAAUUUUAGGAUAUUCUGCAAGUAAUUCUGUCAAAAUUUCAAAAUAGUAGUUUUUAUUUUUUGGAAGAAUCUUCUCUGUUACAAUUUUCACAAAAUAUACAGCACAAAAUUUCUAAAUAUUUUCUUCUAAAUUCGUCACAACCUAUGAGUUUAUUUUUAAACUCUGACCUGUAUGUGAGAUCUCCUUUGACUCACUUUUAUGACUAAGAUCUUUUAUUCUGACUAAUUUUAUUUUACAGAUUAUUUAUAGAUUGUUAGACAUUGUUAUCAUUAUGUUGUUGUCCUACUCAUCUGUAUUUAUAAGCAUUAAUUAUGAGAUUUAUAGAAAUAAAAUCCCGUCCAAUUUAUAUUUGUACAUAAAUAAAAGUUAAAGUUUU